ACAUGUAUUGUUGGGGACACGGGGUGGAGCCCCUCCUGGGGUGCGGGGCAGAUGGAGCCCUGGCAGCCCCGGUGGCGAUGGACCUGUCGGGGGCGCAGGCGGUGCGGGCGGUGGCUUGCGGAGCCCGACAUUGGGUGUUCCUGCUGGGAGACGGGACCCUCCUCUCCCCAGGAGACCACCACCAGCCUGGACAGCUGGGGGGGAGGGCAGUGAGGACAUCUGCCACAGAGCGAAUGACGGUGCAAGGUAUACCGAAAGUUGCUCGUGUAGCUUGCGGUGAACAUCAUACCUUGGCUAUUUGCGAAAAGGGAAAUGUUUUCGCCUGGGGAGCCGGGACCUAUGGACAACUGGGCGACGGCAAUUGUGAAGUUAGUGUUUCGCUUCCAAGGGAAAUAAAUUCUUUCGGAGUUCCGAUUCAGCAGGUUGCUUGCGGCCAUUACCACUCUCUUGCUCUCUGUGAAGAUGGCGCACUCUAUUCCUGGGGACAGAAUAGUUACGGGCAGUUGGGUCUCGGUGGAAUGUUUUACUCACAGUUGAGUCCCAACCUCGUGGCGUCUCUGUCGGGGAUACCGUUGGCUCAGAUCGCUGCCGGAGGAGCGCACAGCUUUGCUUUGUCUCUCUCGGGGGCAGUGUUUAGUUGGGGAAACAACAAUUGUGGACAACUGGGGCUCAGCAACACAGAGAAAACAUUUACUCCACGUUCAGUAACUCCACUCAAGCGUCUGAGUCUCAAUGUCACGUACAUCGCUUGUGGGGGUGAACACACCGCACUGCUGACAAAGGAUGGAAGCAUGUUUACAUGUGGGAAUGGAGAGAAUGGACAGCUGGGGUAUAAUGCUCCAACCAAUGCAGUGGUUUUUCAAAGAGUGGAGCGAUUACAGGGGGAGGUGUCCCAGAUAGCCUGUGGCAGAUGUCAUACCCUUGCUUACAUUCCAUCCCUUGACCGUGUUGUAUCGUUUGGCUUUGGAAUUCAAGGAGAAUUAGAAAAUAACUCUCCAAGUGACCAUAUUCAUCCUCUUUCACACCCUCACAGUCGCUGGAGUCCAUCUACUACUGAGUCAGAAGGUACCAGUGUCAUAAGGAUUUUUGCAGGAGCAGAUGCCAGUUUCAUUCAGACCUCCAAAUUACAGCCUUCUGUGCCUCCUGAUGACUUCCGCUGUGCUGACAGAACACGACAGAUUGCCAGAAUUGAAGAGACAGUUGUUGAUAAAUGGCUCUGUGCGGAUGAUGUAGAUAACGCCGAGUGCGAGAGUGAGAUUGAUUUAAUAUUUUCGUCCUGCUCGUGUCUCAUUGCAAGUUUUCUGAAGCAAAGUAAUGGCGAUCAUAGCAGAAUUGGAAGUGACUGUCUGAGUGUUGAUGUUGAAACAGCCAGGAACGUAUUUGAGAAACUUACCACAAAGACCUGGAUUUCCGAAAGGAUAACGUUGAGCUUACAAUCAAAGCUGAUUCCAAGCCUCAAGACGCUUAGUACCAACAAAGAAGUAUUGCUGGUCUACCUGAUUCUGUCAGAGUGCCCAGUAAUGUGGCGAGAGAGAAACGUGCGGAAUCUGGUUCUACCUUUUGCAGCGGCUAUAACAAAACUGAAUCAGUCUUCAUCCACAAUUCUGGGAAAGUGGUGGUCCUUAUUGAAAGCAUCAUUCUUGAACAAUCUGGUCCAGAAGUUUAAGGGCAUGGUGGUGUUUGUAUUAUAUUACUAUGCCCAGUUUAAGGAGUCCCAGCAGGAUUUACAAAAUGUCCUGAACGUUCUGAAACUAUUAUACAAGGCAAAUGUCAAGGCCCAGGAGACUAUUCCGCUGAACAAGUUCUACAUCGAUAACCUGUGUUGUUGGGUCAACCUGCAUCAGGAUGUUUUAAAUAUGAAAUUCUGCAAUCGCUCGCCCGAUGAAGUGAACAAGGAGGAAUUUCUGGUUAUCUUUUGCCACUAUCCAUUUAUUCUGAAUUUGUCAGCCAAGAUUCAAGCACUUCACACCUUUGCAGCUUUGAAUCAACAGGAGGCACAUUUUCAAGCUGUCUUUUCAGAGGGCAAUCCUUCGUUUCCCACAUUACCCACAUCCCACGAAUUGAAGCUGAAGGUUGAUCGCAAAACCCUGGUUGCUGACACAUUUCAAUGGUUGAAAAAUGUGGAUGACCGUGACCUCCGGAAGAAAUUAAUGGUGGAAUUUAAAGGAGAAGCAGGUGUGGAUUAUGGAGCUAUAAGCAGGGAAUUCUUCCUUCUACUUUUUGAAGAGUUGAUUCAUCCAGAUUCAGGAAUGUUUAUUUCUACCGAACAGUCUACCGGAAUCUGGUUUCCUUCACAGGUGACAGGGCCCAUGGAGAACUACUUCCUGCUGGGAGUAGUCUGCGGCCUUGUUUUGUAUAAUUUCGGUGUGGUCUACAUCCCGUUCCCACUUGCAUUGUUCAAGAAGUUGCUGAACGUGAAGCCCAUUUUGGAGGAUCUGCUUGAGGUGGAUCGUGUCUUGCACAAGUCUCUGCAAUACAUUUUGGACUACAAAUAUAACCUGGAGGAAAAUCUUCUUCUUGAUUUUUCUAUUCAUUGGGACAACCAGCAAGUGGAACUGAUUCCAAAUGGUAAAGAAACCCGUGUGAAUGUUGGAAACAGGGAGAGAUUUGUUGCAGCCUACGUGGAUUACAUAUUCAAGAAAUCAGUGGAAGGCCCCUUUGGUAACUUCAAAAGAGGGUUCUACAAGGUUUGUGCCGAGGAGAUAGUACGCUUCUUCCAGCCCCAGGAGUUGAUGGAUUUGCUGAUUGGGACUGAUGACUACGACUGGAAAACCCUGGAAAAUGUCACAACGUAUAAAGGUAUCUACAACAGAUCACACCCAACCAUUGAAAUGUUCUGGGAGGUGUUCCACAAGCUGCCUUUGGAGGAAAAGAAAUUAUUUCUCCGGUUUCUCGUCGGAACCGAUCGCAUUCCUGUGUCCGGGAUGAGCAGCUUGAAAAUAUCCAUCAGCUCGUUGUGGUCAAUGACUGAAAAUCACUUUCCAGUGGCAAACACGUGCUUUCUUACCCUCUUCCUUCCCGCGUACACCAGUGUCAAAUCUCUCAGAGAGAAACUGGUGAUAGCUAUUAAAUGUACCCGUGGUUUUGGCUUAACAUGAUAAAGAAAACAAUUAAAUUGGAAUCGCAUUUUCUUGUGGCUAAACGUAUUUGACUGAACUUCAACUUGGCUGAAACCAAUUAUGAGUUACUUAAUAUCACGGGAGAGGUUUUUAAUGAAAUAUAUUCGUAAUGAAUGACUACUUUUGUUCGAUCUGUUCGGUUUUGUUAAGAAUUUUGGCAAAUUUCCUUGAAGAAAAAUAAAACAAUUCUUGCAGUGUGA